UCCUAACCCUUACGGACCGCUCUAAUACAAUUGUGCGGGUCACAAAGUCGAGUUUAUCUCAGCAGUUUUUCGUUAGGAGUGGACGGGCCUAGUAUGGCACGAUUGUGCGGGAAGCAAUUUUGACCUUGAAAUGAAAUUUUGGUCCGACACUCAGUCGGCGAGCAGGUUUCAACCUGUUCAGUUCGUGUCUGUUUGCGCUCCCCGACUUUGCGAAGUUUCCUUACGAUGUCUGUGAUUUUGAAUGAUGCUGCAAUUGAAGAGAUGCUCAAUGACUCUGGGGAUGAGGGCGAUGAUGGUGACGAACUGGACGCGGACUACUUUAUUCAAGAAAAUCCCGACUGUGAAGGUUCCUCUUCAUCUGAUGACGAUGAAGACAGUGCUGAAGAUAACUUGCCUCUGAGUGCGCAAGCAUCAUGGCAGAAGAAGCCCUUUAAUAGUAAAACUCUUCCAGAAGGUGCCAUUCGUGAACCAGUUGAAAUUCUUACCCCAUACGAAUAUUUCGAGCGCUAUUUCAAUGUCGAGCUCGUGGAAGAGAUGGCUUUGACCACCAAUCAGUAUUAUAUGACCAAUACUGGUAUACAAAUGAAACCUCCUUGUUCUUUACUGGAUAUAAAGAAGUUUUUCGGAAUACAUGCCAUAGCCACUGGUCAGUCUUCGACACUCUGAAGCAGCCUCGUUGCUGUCGUGCUCCUGGUUGCACUAGUCGUAGUCGCUGUCGCUGCUCAAAGUGUGACAUUUACUUGUGCCUUAACAAAGACCGAAACUGUUUCUUUGAUUUUCACAACAAAUACUGAAUUUAGAUAAUAAUUAUUAUUAAACUAAGAGAAAAUUGAUCUCAUUUCAUGUAACAGUUGAUUCCAAAGCCUUUGUUGAUUAUUAAUAAUGUAAAAGUAGAACAAUGUUGUGUUUGUAACUUUAAUAAAAAUUCUAACUUUUA